CUCUCGUACCCAUUACGUCCGAGUCGGGAGAGGAAAGUCUGUCGGGUACGGGUGGUGUGUGUUCUUUCGUGCGAAUUUAUUUACGCAGGGCGUAAACUCGGCGAAAGGGCAGGCGGUGAAACUUGGAGAGUCGAGGUCGCGGACGUCGAGCCUUCAAAAUUGGUAAAAAAACAAGGAUCGCCGAACAGCCUAAACCAAUCACCCUGAUAAAGAUAAGGGGAGUACUUAUGUUUGGGCGUUAGCCUCGGAAGUUCGCCGACUUAUAUGGGAAAAGAAUUCUUUCAUAUAUGCUGUGUUUCAAAACCGCGAGCUCGCACAAUGGGAAAUUGUUUAACAAGGCAGAGGUCAUCGGCGAAGAAGGAAGGAGUCGGGCUCACGGCCCCUGUCAACAGUAAAGACGCGACGACCCCGACCUCCUCCAACCCUCCGCUCCAACCCCUUCAGAUAUCCCACGAAGGCGGAAACCGGGAAGGCAGGAACGGACCCAUCCCGCCCAUCCCAGAGUCGGAAAACACGGCCGGCUCGUCGAGCUCCAACGCAAAAAUAUUCGUCGCCCUUUACGACUAUGAUGCCAGGACGGAUGAAGACCUCAGCUUCAGAAAAGGAGAACACUUGGAGAUUUUGAACGACACCCAGGGCGACUGGUGGCUCGCGAGGAGCAAAGCGACCAAACAAGAAGGAUACAUCCCAUCAAAUUAUGUCGCCAAAUUAAAAUCAAUCGAGGCCGAACCGUGGUAUUUUGGGAAAAUUAAACGGAUAGAAGCUGAGAAAAAAUUGCUAUUACCUGAAAAUGAACACGGAGCAUUUUUAAUAAGAGAUUCAGAAAGUAGAAGAAACGAUUAUUCUUUGUCUGUACGAGAUGGAGAUACAGUCAAGCAUUACAGAAUUAGACAAUUGGACGAAGGAGGCUUUUUUAUUGCAAGAAGAACUUCUUUCCGUACACUGCAGGAUUUGGUGGAGCAUUAUAGUAAAGACGCUGAUGGUCUCUGUGUAAAUCUAAGGAAGCCCUGUGUACAGGUUGAAAAACCAGUUACUGGUGGAUUAUCUCAUAGUACUAGAGAUCAAUGGGAAAUUGAUAGAUCGUCUCUGAAGUUUGUUCGCAAACUUGGGCAUGGCCAGUUUGGAGAAGUGUGGGAAGGUCUUUGGAAUAAUACAACUCCAGUUGCUAUAAAAACUCUCAAACCUGGAACAAUGGAUCCUAAGGACUUUUUGGCUGAAGCACAAAUAAUGAAAAAAUUAAGACAUACAAAGCUUAUUCAGCUUUAUGCUGUUUGCACGAUGGAAGAACCUAUUUAUAUUAUAACAGAACUGAUGAAGAAUGGGAGUCUUCUUGAAUAUUUACAAGGAAAGGGUCGAUGUUUACUAUUAGCACAGUUGAUAGACAUGGCAGCACAAAUAGCAGCCGGAAUGGCAUAUUUGGAGAGUCAAAACUAUAUUCAUCGUGAUUUGGCUGCUAGAAAUGUAUUAGUCGGAGAUAGCAACAUUGUAAAAAUCGCUGAUUUUGGCCUUGCCCGUUUAAUUAAGGAAGAUGAAUACGAAGCUAGAGUUGGAGCAAGAUUUCCAAUUAAGUGGACGGCUCCAGAAGCGGCUAAUUACAGCAAGUUUUCGAUUAAAUCUGAUGUUUGGUCUUUUGGAAUUCUACUUACAGAAUUAGUUACAUAUGGACGAAUUCCUUAUCCAGGAAUGACAAAUGCUGAAGUGCUGCAUCAAGUCGAGCAUGGUUAUAGAAUGCCUUGCCCUCCGAGCUGCCCUGAAACACUCUACGAGAUUAUGUUAGAAUGUUGGCAUAAGGAUCCAAUGAAACGGCCCACAUUCGAAACGCUUCAGUGGAAACUUGAGGAUUUCUUUACAAUGGAAGGUUCAGAGUACAAAGAAGCAUCUGCUUACUGAAGCCACGUCACUCACCACCUAAAUGCCAAGUCUCUUCCCCAAUUUCUCACCAACGAGCUGAGAGGCAAUAAAUCUGUGUAUUUCGUUUAGUUGAAAAAUUGUGUAUUUACAGAUUCUGUAUUAAAGUUUGCACUUCUUUAAUCAGGUAAAUAGGUGGUGAAGGAUAAAUCAUAAGUCAACAUCGAUGUUUUUAAAAAUAUUUUUGAUUAACCAAUUUUAAUUGGGAACUUUGAUGUCAUUAUUAAAUAGACUAUUUCAAAGUAAUUCUUUAAGGUUAACUAACUUUAACCUUGGUAGUAUUUACCUUAUUAGGUAAGACCUUAUUUAAUGUCUUAUUCAAAAUGGUAUGUUCUAUGUCUCUUUGUAUUGUGUAACUCUAUCAACCCUUGGUAAAAAUAUAUAAAUUCAUCUAUUAUUUUCUUUUACAAUCAUUUUUUUAUUUUUUAUAGUUUUAGAAAUGUUAUAAGACUUUUAAUUAUGACACUCAUGCCCCACAACAGUCUAACCUUUGCUCCAAAGAUGGAGAACCUUAUAUUCUUCCUUUCACGAGGUGUGUUAGUUUAAAAUUCUAAAUAUAAAGUGUCAUUUUACAAAUAUUGUGUGUUAUUCUUCUAUUUAUUUUAUUGCAUUGUUUAUUUUUGUAGCGUGUCAAAUGUCUUAAUUAUUAUUAUUAUUUUUUUUUUUUUUUUUUUUUGGUUUCAUGUGAUUUUUGUGACAACUGCCAUUUAUAAUGCUGAAUAAGAGCUUUCAUUUCAAAUUAAAAAUAAUAAAUGUAUUAAGGGAAAUGCAUUUUUUAUAUAAGGUAUAUUGGAAUCUCAUCUGUCAAAUAGUCGAUUAUAUGGUGUGUUGUUGUCUAACAAUUUUUAAAUGUUUAUGAUUUGUCGUAUAAGGGUGCAAUCAUUAAGACAAAUAUCUGAUGUCUCUAUUCUGUGAUAAUUUUUUUGCUUGAUAUUAACCAGAGCCAUUUUUACAUUCUAUUUGUUUGGUAAAUAAACUCGCAGGUUAUAACGCCUGAUACAUACUCAAACCUCAGCAA